GGAGGGGGGAGAAGUACUAGCAGAUGACGGGAUCGAUUGAGCCUCUUUGAUUGUCGUGCUGCUGCACAUUUUCGAUUGGCUGAGAUGAAAAAGAAUUUCGUUCCCAUUCCGAGGACCGCCGUCCUUUAUUUUGAAAUAUAUGAUGCCCUGUAUAUGCUUUUGCUUGACUUGAUUUUCCCUUGCCCUUUCAUUUUGCCUUUAGACAUGGAUCUUCAGCAUAUGUUGUUGUUGUUGUUAUUGCAUUUACAGUAUAGGAAGGAGAAAGUAUACCCCUGUGAUAGAAGAAGCGCACAAUUAGUACUUUGCUUAUAGUAAGACGCCAUUGUUUAUAAUUAAUCUGAUUGCCUCUAU